AACAGAUGGCGAAAAACCGGCAUAUUUGGCAAGCAAAUUUUCCUUUUGAUGAACUUCGUGAUUGCUUUUUUGGAUCAGAGAUAAAGGGUUGGCGGUGGAAAACCAGAAACCGAAAGGGACACGUCAAGAAAGAUGAGCGCCGUCGAAUCGCAAGAGAGCAACGUCCUCAUCCUCUCAGCCGUCAUCGGAGGAGCCAUCCUAUUUUUCAUUUUUUACUUCCUGAAAGCGGCCAAGUCUGAGGAAGACGAGAGCCAAAAACAAAACGCCGAAGCGGAAAAGUCGAGGCAAGGUUCCCGUAACGGAGCUGCUGUGAAGAACAAAAAUGACGAAGGAAAGCAAACCUCAAAGAAGAGCAAGCCACCUGUCCGGACCGACCAGAAAGCUGCAGCCUUCACUCAUCCCUGGCUGUCCACCUCGCUGAAGGGACACAGUUCGACCGUCCUGUCGAUGGACUUCAGCAGCAAUGGCAAAUAUUUGGCGUCUUGUGGUGAUGACAGAUCUGUUUUCCUAUGGCCUUCGAAGGAUUUCACCAGCAAGGAACACAAGAGCCUUCGGAUCAACAUUGAAUUUGAUCAUGCAACUUACAUUCAAUGGAGUCCUGACUCAAAGGCGUUCAUCAUUCACAAGGCAGUGGAGAACUGCUUGGAAGUUUACAAGCUGAAUAAAAAGUCUGAUGGGCAUGGUUUCAGUGGUGCCACAAAAUUGACCACAUUCCCAAAGCAACACGUCGAGGAUGUUGUCGGCAUGGGCAUUUCCUGCAAUGGCAAAUUCAUAAUGACCUGCUCAAAACUGACUGACCUUGUUCUGUGGGACUUGAAAGGGCAAAUCAUUACCACGGUUGACACAUACCUGAUGAACAAUAAUUGCGCCAGGGUUUCUCCCUGCGGUCGAUAUGUUGCUGCUUCAGGAUUUGCACCUGAUGUGAAAGUGUGGGAAGUUGUGUACAACAAAUCAGGAGAUUUCCAGGCCGUCAACAGAGCUUUUGAGCUUCAAGGCCACAAGUCUGGUGUGCUGGACUUUGCUUUUAACUGUGAUUCGACAAAAAUGGCCACAGUUUCGAAGGACGGAACUUGGAAGGUUUUCAACACAAAAAUUGAGUACCAGAAGGGAGAAGAUCCCCAUUUGAUUCAGACCGGAAAACACGACUAUGCAUCUCAGGAAGGCAAUCGAAUUGCCAUUUCGCCUGACGGGCAGUUGGUUGUCUGCUCGUCAGGGUCUUCCAUAUCCUUUUAUUCCGUUGAGACUGGAAAGUGUGAAGGAUUCAUUCAAGAUGUUCACACCAGCCCCAUUACUUGCGUCCUCUUUGAUUCAUCUGGGGAACAUUUGUUGACUGCUGGUGAUCGCCACAUUCGAGUCUUCCACAAUGUUGUUGGUUUCCAAAUCAAGCUGCUCUCACUGAAGACCAGCCUCAAGGGCAGUAACCAGUCAUCGGCUAUGAAGGAAAGAAUCCAGCAACAAAUUUCCCAGACUGAGACUUUCUUGAAGAAAUUUGAGAAUUAAAAAUUUUCUAUUUUUGUAUUUUCUUACGAUCUGAAAAGUUAUAAUAAAUGCCACAGAAACAAA